AUGUCAGAUAUCAAGGAUAUGUAUCCCGAGUUGGAAAAGACAACCGGAACACUACCCGGAACAUAUUCAAUUAAAAUUGAUCCAUCCGUACCACCUGUUGUACAUGGACCGCGAAGGCAACCACAAGCAUUGCACAAGCAAAUUGUUGACAAGCUUAAAGAGAUGGAAAGCCAAGGUCACAUUGUGAAAGUGACUGAGCCCACUGACUGGGUCAGUUCUAUGGUCACGGUGGUCAAGAACGGAAAAGUUCGUAUUUGCAUAGAUCCAAAGGAUCUAAACAAAGCAAUACGUCGUGAGAACUAUCCAAUUCCUACUGUCGAGGAAGUCGUAGCAUCUAUGCCAGAUGCGAAAGUAUUUUCGGUGAUAGAUGCAAAAUCUGGUUUUCUACAAAUCAAGCUGAAUUACGAGUCCAGUUUGCUCACAACCUUUAAUACACCGAUUGGACGUUAUCGUUGGCUCCGUCUUCCCUUUGGAAUCAAAUCAGCACCAGAAAUGUUUCAGCGUAUCAUGGAUACAAUGCUGGAAGAUGUUGAAGGCGCAAGAGCUAUAAUGGAUGAUAUUAUAGUUGCAGCAAAAUCACCACGAGAACAUGAUCGGAUCAUGAAAGCAGUGAUCACAAAAGCGACUGAGUGGAACUUGAAGCUUAAUUUUGAUAAAUGCCAGAUAAAACAAUCCCAAGUGAAGUAUGUGGGACACUUGGUCACAAAACAAGGUCUCAAACCCGAUCCGGAUAAAGUCCGAGUGGUCCUGGAAAUGCCUACUCCUGAGAGUAAGGAGGAUACUCGUCGAUUCCUUGGAUUUGUUCAAUACCUGUCAAAGUUUCUGCCUAGCAUGAGCUCAGUCGACUCUCCGCUCCGAGAACUCACACGAAAAGAUGUAGAGUUUCACUGGGACAAACCCCAAGAACAAAGCUUUCAGAAACUGAAAGAAAUGUGCUGUACUGCACCAGUGUUGACAUACUAUGAUGUACACAAAGAACUAACUAUUCAAUGUGAUGCAAGGAGUUAUGCUGUAGGAGGAGUGCUACUUCAAGAAGGUCGCCCAGUUGCUUACACAUCGCGUGCUUUAACUGAUACUGAAUCGAAGAAUGCCCAGAUUGAAAAAGAAAUGUUGGCAAUUUUGCAUUGUGGUAAAAGGUUUCAUCAUUACAUUUUCGGCAAAUAUGUGAAAUUUGAAACAGACCACAAACCCCUACAAGCUAUUUUUGCAAAACCAUUGCUGUCAGCACCAAUGAGAUUACAAGCCAUGAUGUUGAGGCUGCAACCAUACGACCUUGAAGUCAAAUACAAGCCAGGAAAAGAUAUUCCACUUGGUGACGCACUAAGUCGUGCAAAUCUGCCUGAAGCAGAACCAGAUGUUGAACCAAUAAUGGUUAACAUGAUCGACUACAUUGCGGUAUCUCCGACUCGAUACAAACAGUUUCAGCAGAGAACUGCCAAUGAAUUGAAUGAACUUCAUGGCAUGAUACUAAAAGGUUGGCCUGAUACGAUAGAGGAAACACCUCACUGCAUCAGACCAUACUGGACAACAAGAGACGAACUUUCAGUUGCUGAUGGUAUUAUCUACAAAGGCAUGAGAAUUGUUGUACUACCAUCAAUGAGAUCAGACAUGCUCGCACAGAUUCAUGAGACUCAUCUUGGCAUCACAAAGUGCAAGCAACGAGCACGUGAGGCACUCCACUGGCCAGGAAUCAAUCAACAGAUUGAAAAUAUUGUAAACGAUUGUGUAAAGUGCAACACGUUUCAAAACAAGCAGAAUUCUGAAUCACUCAUUCCGACACUCAUUCCCAACUUGCCGUGGAAUGAGGUUGCGUCAGACAUAUUUGAAUUCGGACAUAUUCAUUAUCUGUUGACAAUGGACUACUACUCCAAAUUUAUUGAAGUGGAUCCUCUACAUGAUCUUUCAAGUUCUGCAACGAUCGAUGCCAUCAAGUCACAGUUCAGUCGUCAUGACAUCCCAGAGAAGUUGAACACUGACAAUGGACCUCAGUUCUCAUCCCGCGAGUUCUCAAUGUUCUGUGAAGAUUACCAAAUAGAACAUACUACGUCUUCUCCACACUAUCCACAGUCAAACGGUGAAGCUGAGAGAGGAGUUCAAAUAGUGAAAAGACUAUGGGAGAAAACUCCAGACAAACAUCUAGCAUUACUAGAUUACCGUACAACUCCCUUGUCCAGUUGUGGCUUAUCACCAGCUCAACUGUUGAUGAGUCGUAGACCAAGGAACAAACUUCCAACAGCUCGAGAAUUGCUAAAGCCAAGGGCACACAGUCCAACUGAAGUGAAGAGACUAUUAACUAAAGACAAAAUCAAACAGCAGCAUUACUACAACACAAAAGCUGGGAAAGAUUUACCAGUACUUGUUCCUGGUGAUCCCGUAAGAAUGUUACCCUUUCCAGGAUCCAAGCUUUGGUUGCCAGCAAAGGUUGUUGAUCACCACAAUUCUCCACGAUCUUAUAUUGUCGAAUACAACGGAAAAAAAUACAGACGUAACAGAAAGCAUCUUCAUCUGUCAACAUACAGAGCCAGGGAACAAGAUCUUCGCUUGUCGACUGUCUGUAAUGAUUUGGUACAGAGCAAACCAAAACAAAUGCCAAACUCGAAUAUUGUGGUCCACCUAAACAAGCCGAAGUGUCGACCAAAGAUCAGUCAGAAAAGAGACCCAUAA